AUGUCGACAAAAGUAUUUUAUAUCACAGGCACCUCUUCUGGAUUCGGGAGAGACUUGGUAUUGGAUUUGAAUCAACGUGGCCACAAAGUCAUCGCCACCGCGAGAUCUCUUCACAAGAUUGAAGAUCUCGCCAAACUUGACAACGUCAAGAUACAGCAGCUCGACGUUACAGAUAAGCCAGCAAUUCUCCAGCAGAAGAUCGACGAAGCCAUCACAUUCUUUGGCAAGAUCGACGCACUCGUCAACAACGCCGGCUAUUCACAGACCGGUUGCUUCGAAGAGCUCACUGAUGCUGAGAUCAGGAAGGUGUACGACACCAACGUCUUCGGAACUGUCAACUUGACUAAGGCCAUACUACCACACUUCAGGUCCACGGAGACGGAGAGCACGAUCUGCACCAUCACCUCGCUGGGCGGAACUGUGUCAUUUCCUGUGUGCUCCGCGUACACAUCCAGCAAAUUCGCUCUUGAAGGCUUUUUUGAGGCGUUGGAUGGCGAGUUGAAAAUGUCACAGCAGCCAGUCAAGGUCCUUAUAGUGGCCCCGGGGGCAUUCAGGACUGAAUUCAUGGGCAACAUCCAGAAGUCUAAGGAAGACAUCGACGCGUACAAGCCCGUGAAGGAUUACAUUGAUACGUCGUUCAAGCAGUUUUCAGUCACCGGGGGUGUCCCUAAGAUCGGCGCCAAGUUGAUGGCGGAUGCGAUGCUGAAGGAAGGCUCUGCGGAGGGCAAGGAGAUUCCGCUGCGCCUGCCCAUCGGCUCGGACGCGGCCAAGUACAUGCUCGACAAGUUCAAGAGGGAGUCUGAGGUGUGCGAGGCGUGGAAGCCAUACGCGGCAGAGGCGGACGCGCAGUGA